AUGGAUGAUGAGUACAACGAUACAGAUCUCUUGCUCAUCAACAAUUCUAGUGAUAACAGCUGGGACCACAAACGCUUCCUAAAGUUCAAGGAGGUCUUUUUGCCCUGCAUGUACCUGGUGGUGUUUGUCUUUGGACUGCUAGGGAACUCCCUUGUUCUGAUUAUAUACAUUUUCUACCAGAAGCUGAGGAGUCUGACAGAUGUGUUCCUGGUGAACUUGCCCUUGGCUGACCUGGUGUUUGUCUGUACUCUACCCUUCUGGGCCUAUGCAGGUACCUAUGAGUGGGUCUUCGGCACGGUCAUGUGCAAAACUCUUCUAGGCAUGUAUACAGUGAACUUCUAUGUGUCCAUGCUCACUCUCACCUGCAUCACGGUGGAUCGUUUCAUUGUAGUGGUCCAGGCUACCAAGGUCUUCAACCAGCAGACUAAAUUGAAGAUCUGGGGCCAGGUCACUUGCUUACUCAUUUGGGUGAGCUCCCUUUUGGUUUCUUUGCCACAUAUCAUCUAUGGCAAUGUUGAAAGUUUUGACAAGCUUAUCUGUCAGUACCACAAUGAGGCAAUAUCCACUGUGGUUCUUGCCACGCAGAUGGCUCUAGGGUUCUUCCUGCCAUUGCUCACUAUGAUUGUGUGCUACUCAGGCAUUAUCAAGACCUUGCUUCAUGCUCGAAGCUUCCAGAAGCACAAAUCUCUAAAGAUCAUCUUCCUUGUCGUGGCCGUUUUUCUGCUGACUCAAACACCCUUCAACCUCGCCAUAUUAAUCCAAAGCACAAGUUGGGAGUACUAUACCAUGACCAGCUUUCAGUAUGCUAUCCUAGUGACAGAGGGCAUAGCAUACCUUCGGGCUUGCCUUAACCCUGUACUUUAUGCCUUUGUUGGCUUAAAGUUUCGGAAGAACUUCUGGAAACUUGUGAAAGAUGUUGGCUGUCUCCCUUACCUGGGAGUCUCAAGUCAGGGGAAGUCUUCUGAGGAUAGUUCCAAGACUUGUUCUGCCUCCCACAAUGUAGAGACCACCAGCAUGUUCCAAUUGUAG